UUUAUUCUAUAAAUCAUCUCUCUCAUCUUCCCUAUCUGUCUUCCUCUCCUACCGUUUCUUCACAAACAACCAAAGCGAACCACCACAGAAAGAAAGAGAAAAAAACAGCUUCGUGAUCGUCAUCAUCCUCCGGAAAAAAUCUACAAUGGGGAUUGUCGUCAAGUCAUUCAAAGAUCAAUUCUCCUCUGAUGAGAGAUUGAAGGAGUCGAGCAACAUCAUUGCCAAAUAUCCAGAUAGAGUUCCGGUAAUCAUUGAGAAAUAUUCAAAUGCAGACCUGCCUGACAUGGAGAAGAGCAAGUUCUUGGUCCCACGAGACAUGACUGUUGGACAUUUCAUUCACAUGCUAAGCAAUAGGCUACAGUUAGAUCCAUCUAAAGCUCUGUUUGUUUUUGUACAGAACACACUUCCUCAAACAGCUGCUCGCAUGGACUCUUUGUACAAUACUUUCAAGGAAGAAGAUGGUUUCCUCUACAUGACUUACAGCACUGAGAAGACAUUCGGCUAACCCAAAAAAAAAAAGAUUCGUUGCUUUAAUAUUUGAAAAGCUCGUUUUCUGAAUAAUCCGUUUGUUUGACAUAUUAUUUGUGAAUAAUGAAUGUCAGCUCUUGUUGUUGUUGUUGUUGUUAGCUGACCUUUGUACAGAAAAGCUAAAAAAAAAUUGACUUUGUAAAUUGUAUUCAAUAAUAAAACAAUGUGAUGAUAUGAUCACACGAAACCUUUCUUUGUUUUUUUUUGUUCUUCCCUCAUAAAAAGGAACACAAAUGAUUUCGUGCAAGCACGUAAGGUUGGGGAAAUAUGGUAAACUGAGGCCUAAGAAAAUUCAAUGUCGGUGCGUUAGACUUGUACCUAGAGAUGUCAAAUGGGCGGGCUAUAAAUGGGUGGUCCGUGUCCAAAUCGAUAUGGUCCAAAAUGGACAGACCCAGAUUAAACCAUAAUUAAAAUUUGUCCAGAUGGGUGAACCCAAUUAUAUUCAUGGACAAUAUUGGGCUUAACCACUUGGACAAUGGGCGGCCCAAUAAACUUAAAUGUCUAGGGUUUGAAAAAUUGGGAGAAAACACAAAUCACCUUUUUUUUUUCUUCCCGUCUCACUCUUGUGUUUUUUCAUGUUUGAUUCUUCCUCUUCGAAUCAUCGUCUUCGAUUUUUCCUCUUCGAGUCCUCGUCUUCGAUUCUUCCUCUUCGUGUUCGAUUCUUCUUCCUCGUCUUCGUUCUUCUUCAAUUUUUUUUCGAUUCUUCACCAACUUCUGAUUUCAUCAUCUCUUAAGAUUUGAUUUUUCGUGAUUUGUGUUAUGGGUUUUCACUAUUAGCUACUGAUUCGUAUCAUCUACUAAUAUUGUGUUAUGGUUUAUGUGUUAAAUAGAUCGGUGAUUUGUGUUCAUAACGAAGUUGGUGGCGAGUCUGGCGACUGUUUCUGUUUCCGCAAGUCAGACGAAAUUACGAAUUUUUUAAACUUAUCUUGAAUUUUUUAUAACUUUGAAACAUGAAGUUUAAAACUUAAAGUUUAAGUAUGUGACAUCUUUAAAAUUGAAAACUUAAUAAUCUUUAAAUUUUUAAAACUGAAA